AUGGAUUCACUCAAGAGCAACCAUCCACCUCUAUCGCCCACCGUGGAGCCAGAAAGGGGAUUAGAAAUUGCACUUCAGGCCACCUCGAUUGCCACAUCCGAUACCGCCCCCGGCAGCAUGAUUGAUUUGGAAGCUUCGAAUAGCAAGGACAAAAAUAGCCACUCCGUCCAAUAUCCGAAAAAGGCUCUAUUUCCAACCCCGGAUAUAGGAAAUACUAUCCAUUCACCUGGCGACCAGCAUGACCUCGAUAAUACCUAUGGAGUCCAGGAAUUAGUUGAAAUAUACAAAGACCGUAAUCAUACCCUGUUUCUGAUAAGGUGGGCUAAUGGGGGUACAACCUGGGAGCCAGAGGAGAACAUCAAUAAUAUACAGCUUAUUGAUAAUAUUAUAAAGAACUACCAAGGUUUCAAAAAUAGAGUUGAAGUAGAGAAGACAAGAGUGAAAAAUGGAAAACUGGAGUACUGCGUACGGUUUAAGGAUUAUAUUGGUAGCGAAAAGGAUUUAUGCUGGUGGAUUUCUGAGAAUAUAGUACAUCCAGAUAAUCGCAAGCGAGGGGUUAGAUUAAGCCCGGCCUUAAAAGACCCCUAUAGAUGGGUUAUUCGUGAUGACCAGAAGAAGCUCUUUGAACCGAUUUUCGUCAAAACCCUAAGCUCACACUCUAUUAACACGUAUCGCCUUCUACCGAAUGGGGUCAAGAGAGAAGCCUUUCGCGCGGUACCUAUAGAUGCAAAUUCUGAUAAUAAUUUGUCUGAGUCAGAAGGCUGCUCAAGUGCUAUGAUUGAUCAGAUGCAGAGUGAAAAUAAUAGCCUCCUUAUACAAUUGAAUCAGAUAUCAACCUUACUGGAUACAGAGUUAAGAUUACGGCAGCUCGUAGAGGAAACCAAUGAAAGGCUUCUUAUAUAA